AUGGGUCAGAAGAUUUCUGGCAGCAUUAAAUCGGUUGAUGGUCGUGGGGAAAGUGGCAGCUCCCCGUCUUACCGACCAACGGCUCAUCGUCGUCAACACCUGGAGCUGAGAGGUCCAGAUUUCUCCAAGCCUCCCAGGCUGGAUCUCCUGUUAGACAUGCCAUGCGCUGGGCUGGAGACCCAGCUCCAUCAUGCUUGGAAUCCAGACGAUCGCUCCCUCAACAUCUUCAUCAAAGAUGAUGAUAAGUUAACAUUUCACCGACACCCAGUUGCUCAAAGCACGGACUGCAUAAGAGGGCGGGUUGGAUACACGCGGGGUCUUCAUGUGUGGAAGAUCUACUGGCCUCCACGGCAAAGAGGCACCCAUGCCGUGGUGGGUGUGGCAACCUCGGCGGCUCCUUUACAUUCAGUUGGGUACACCGCUUUAGUAGGUUCAGACUGUGAGUCCUGGGGCUGGGAUCUGGGACGAAACAGACUCUACCAUGACAGUAAAAACCGGUCCCACAGUUCGCUGCCUUCCUAUCCUUGUUUUCUGGAGCCAGAGGAGUCAUUCACCCUCCCGGACUCCCUUCUUGUGAUUCUGGACAUGGAUGAAGGGACAUUAAGUUUUAUGGUGGACGGACAGUAUCUAGGAGUUGCAUUUCGAGGCCUGAAAGGAAAGAAGCUGUAUCCCAUUGUCAGUGCAGUAUGGGGACAUUGUGAAAUAACCAUGAAGUAUAUCAACGGCUUGGAUCCUGAGCCCCUGCCUCUCAUGGACCUGUGUCGACGUGCGGCCCGCCUGGCGUUAGGUCGGGAGCGACUCAAGGAAAUCGAGAGCCUCCCUCUCCCUCAGUCCCUCAAAAAUUACCUCCAGUACCAGUGACUGACACCAGCAGAUCCAACUGUAACAACAAGGACACAGUGCAGGCCACCAGAGAGUCUGCUGAUGGACGAUGAAAGGGUGAACUUGAGGUCGCACAGAGGGGAUGAUUGAUUGAAGAACGUCCACACUGGAUCACCGCAGCUCUCACGAAUCCGCACAAGGACGGAUAAGGACGACGGCAGAGGAGCUGCAGGGUAGUUCAGGCUUUCAGAUAAACAAUCGGACCAGCUUCUUUUUUUUUGUUUAUUUUAGGCUGCUUUUUUUGGCUUUAGACUUGAAACUAAAUUAUUGAUGACUGCGUCACAUCAGUGUCUCUUUCAUCCAGACUGAAAGCCCAUCCUCUGAUGGCACAGUGCUGUCAGGUGACGAGGGCAAACAUCGCCAUCUAGUGGUGACAAUAAGAAGUACAGGACAAAGUAAGCACACUAAUCCCAUCCAUGGAGGCCUUUCUGACGUACACUCAGUGACCAUAUCAUUGCAGCUGGUGUCUGUUCAUCAUUCAUGCCGGCACAGGUGGCCGGUGGGAGACUCCACAUGUCUAUAAGGAUUUUAGCACUGAAGAUGUUUUUUUUUUUUUUUUUUUUUUUUGAUUGACUAUAUCAAUACCCAUCAGCUUGCACAUAUUACAUCAACACACAGCUGCAAGGUGUGUGUACAGCUCAGAACAGGGUGUAAGUUUGUCAAAUACAACACUGAUAGAGAGUAAAGCCCAUUUCAGACAUCUAACACACGGCUAAUCCUCCUUAGUGUUUAGGUUCACAUAACUUUUUUGGUGAAGCUCUAAUAUUUUAAUACAUUAUCUUUUCAAAUCAUGCAACUUAAAAUCUAUAUGAUGAUAAAUUUGUAGAGUUGUACAAGUUUAUCUUAAAACAUGCCUGUUCUAAAUACAGUUACAGUCAAAUUAAAGCCUUUCCAUUCCAUUCUAAACAUCACAUUCCCAUAUUAACCAGUCUGUUCAUAGUUUUUAAUCAAUGCAGUAUUAAGCAGGCAUUCAGAUUUGAUAAUGUCCCAAAAUUUAUGCUCUGUCAACUUUUAGUAUUUAUUAACACAUUUCCAGAUGUCCCUUCUUUUACUUUAAAAAAGCAAAAUGAGUUUGUGACUUUUUAUCAACUUUGGCAGCAAGAUGUGGCCUUUUUUCCCUCUUUGAUUCUGUCUGUCAGCAGACAGAAUCAUCACUCACCCUAUUAAAGAUAACAUUGGAUUAUUAUUUUUACCUGUGUAUUGGACACAGGUAAAAGUUAGCCUAACCGUAUUGGGUGGAGGUAAGAGAAUAUAGCGUUUAUGUUUAGUUAGAGAGAAGAUUCAUACCUACCAACACAUCUCACCUUUUAACAUGUUAAAUGUGUGAAAAAAAAUCUCCCUUUAAUCUGUUUUAUCAUAACAUUUUAUUUUUAAACUUAAUACCUAGAUAACUGAAGAACUAUGAGCAGAUUUAAUGCGGAUCAAAAUAAAUCUCAGAAGAAUGCAUCCGUGGGACAUUUACUGCGAUAAUAAGACAAAAGAGCCGAAGUGUAGUUCUGACUUUUCCUUUACUCAUGUCUGAAAGGGGCUUUGCUGCAAGACCGGUUUGGACAAAUAUACCCUUAGCGGUUAAUCUAGUGUUUUACUGCUUCUAGAAUCAUUCUUCACAUGACACUAACACAUCUACAACAAUGUCAGAUCACAUCCAAAGUGUUUCAGCGGGAGCCAUGGGGUGUAGAGAGGGCUGCAGGGCCAUGGAACCUGUGCUUGCAUGCCACAAAGAGACGCCGGCUGUUGUCUGUAGCACCCUGCUGUAGCUCACUGGUAGCAAACAGCGUGUGUUUCUGCUCUCCACACGACUGCUUUCUCUUCCACAGGAGAUCAGAUCAGCUAGAAUGGAUCUUUAGAAAAAAGCUGUAGCAGGACCUAGGAACCUGGCUGUAGAGGCACGGCAGGCGUGCUGUUGGAAGGAGCUAGAAUGUAGAUGACCAGUUCACAACCACAAGACCAAUCAUGUUUUACUUCCUUUAAAAAUGGCUUAAGUCACUUUUUAACUUUGUUUUGGUUCAUUAUAAAGGCUUUUUCCAUCUGAAAAGGAAAGGAUGGACAGUGUUUAUUUAUCACAAGCUAACUGUGUGUUUUUGACAUUCAGGUGGUUUUAUGAAAGCGAUGCUGAGGAUGAAGGGAGACAGAAACCUGACUUGUAUCAAUGCUGCUUUUAUUAUUGUCAUUAUUUGAAUUAUUAUUAAUAUAAUUUUGUGUUUGUAAUGGUCUUACCUUCUGUUUUUACUGGUUAUGAUGAGGAGAAUGGGACCAUUUCAGGAUUUUAGUGGAAUCAAAAACACAGAAAUAUGAAAUGUGAAUAAAAGCCA